AUGUCACCCACCUUCACCCCAGUCAACAAUACCCCCGUCCACAAGAACGGCACUGCUCCAAAGACCCCUACCAAGAAAACCAACGUGGCAAUGACCCCCAAAACCCCUACUCCAACUACAACCUCUACCACCAACAGCAAAAAACGCCUCACCCCAUCCUCCCCCACCCCAACCAGCAACACCACCCCCAACAACAACAACAAACGUACUAAACCUCGCACCCCCCUCCCACCCAUCCCAACGACCCUCGCCUCCGCCAGCGCCUCCGACCUCCUCAUCCUCCGUCUCCGGGACGAAUCCUCCACGCCCUGGACUGCCAUCAACCAGGCAUGGACGGACCUCACGGGGAUCAGUGUGGGCGGGUCGACCCUCCGAGCGAGGUACAAUACCAUGAAGAAGAAUUUUGUGGUGGUGGAUCCGGGUGAUGAAGCGAAGAUCCUCCAAGCUAAGAAGGAUGUUGAGGGACGAUUGGAGACGGAAAAGUGGAGAUUGAUUGCUGAGGAGGUGGGAAAGGCUGGUGGGGGAACUUAUCCCGGGGAGUCUUUGAGGAAGUAUGUGAGGGAGAUGGAGAAGGGGAUGAAGGGGGGUGCGGCUGCUGUUGCUGCUGCUGCUGCGAAUGGUGGUGGUGAUCAUGGUGAUGAUGAGGGUGAGGAGGAUGUUGAUGAUGACGAUGUGAAGAUGGAGAUUGAGGAGGAUUAG